UAAGGUAACGACCGAUUCGUUUUGGCUUUUUGAGUGCAGCACGGCCUGGAGAUAUAUGAACUCGAAUUAGAAAUUUGCAGUUGAAAAAUAUAUUUCGUGCAGAUUUCUAACGCACUGACUUCGUCAGAAGCGGCAGGCUUCAUUUAGCUCGACCGGCUAAAACUUUCCAAUAAGAUGUAAUAGGCUUUAUCGAGUGUGAGUCAUAGGCUGGUCAUGUAAUAUUAGCAAACUAUUACGCUGGCCAAUGAUGGUAUAUUCAUAAUUCAAUGAGCAUAGACAGAGCAUGUAGAUUUCUCUCAUUAUACAUAUUAUCUGUAUUUCAUGUGAGUUUGGCGGCAAAAACAGGAAGUUUUGAAUACCAAUUUUAACGCUUGGAACUUGUCAAGUUUCGAAUAAUUUAGCGAACUAUUAGAAGAUGUAACGUGAAACGUGGUAUGACGGUCAGACCCAACAUUUCCUUGCAUAGUUUCCGCUCAUUCCAUCUACCCACAUUAUUUAUUACGCUGCCAGGCCUGUCGCCGGUCUGUUUCCUCUUUUAUCAGCAGCGCGAAGCUACAAUACAUAUUAUAAUAUGCUCAAGUAAUUUGAUUCUCAGUUGAAGCCAGUGUCUUUUCUUAUUGUACACUAAUUGCCAGACGUUAGAACAGGCUGUGGAAGACAUGUUACAAGGUUCAGAGCUGAAUGACAAACUUGGUAUUUGUACUAAUUGCGUAUGAAUUACCUCUGAAAUAAGUAUCUUGUUGGUCACUAAUAAGAAAUGUUAAAGUUGUUAAGUAAGCAGAAUGAGGUGUACUAUGAUUAUCAGAAUUUAUUGUCAGUGAAGAACCACUCAACCUUAGCAUAGAAUGUAAAAUAGCAGACAGAAUGCCGUGUAUAUAAAAUACCGUCGUCAUCCAUGCACUUGAACCUCAACACGCUCCGCUUCCCACUUCCCUUUCUUCGUGGCCACCCCUGAGUUUUUCGCCUCUUUCUUUUUCCUCGACUGUGCGUCCACCAAAUACAAACAAACAGAAAAUGGAGUGGUCGUGCGGUCAUUGGUAGAAACGGAGUGAGCAAGCUUUACUCGAGAGAAAGGGCUGGCAAGUUCUAACGGCCGAGCAGGGAUAUAACCUCGAGGGAGAGUUGGCCGCAUCGUCGUUCUUGAAUGUGGUAGUUAGCUGGACGUGGUAUGUGAUACACAAGUUCAAUUUUAGCUUUUAUAGCAGGUUCCUAUUAUACCGUAAAACCUGUGGCGCAAAUGUACACCAAGAAAAGAAAACCAGCGGCAUCAUGUCAAGGAGAAAACAAGGGAAACCGCAGCAACUCCGAAAUGAUGAUGGAGUUCAGCUAUCUCCUGGAUUAGAGGCAAAUGAUGUUGACGAAACCGCAAGCGACUCCCUGCUUCAAAACACGCCUGGCGAUUUUGACCAGGUUCAACAAGGGGAAGAUCUUUUAACAUGUGGUAGCUGUGGAAAAGUUUUUCUUCUGUCUAAUAUACUUGGCUUCAUUCAGCAUAAACAAACCUUCUGUCAACCGCGUCCCAGUAAUGAAACUCGAUUUGCUAACAUCAGAUGUGACGGGGGCGAUACGAAUCCAAACGCCAUUCGCGCAAGACCUGAGAAUGCUAUCCUAUUGCAAAAAGGUGGAUCACCCACUGAUAUAAACCAAAACGCAAAUUUCGGAGAAACUGCACACGAAUACGAGCCAAACGCAGCCCUGUCCAAUGGCUCUGAACCUGUUAAAUCAAGAAUGCAAAAUGGCUCUUUAACACCGUCGAUCCGAACCGACCGGAACAUAUCUUCAUAUUCACCUACAACACCUAAUCCUAAAAUUGAAGGAUAUCCGCAAGGUGCAAAUACAAACUCAUCCUUUGCUAUACCGGCAUCAGCGAAAUACGCGUGUCUUGAUUGCAACAAGCAAUAUUUUGAAGCUGCAGCUCUUUUACAACACGUUGAUCGGGAACAUAAUGUUCGUCUUGCUCUGGUUAGAAAAAUUGAUAACGGCGAUGACACAAAACAACGACAAGACGAAGUUAAAAACAACCAAGAUACCGAAAGCAAUUACACAUAUGAAUUCAUACAACGUUUGCUACAACUAUCAGCUUCUGGACAGUUGCCUGGUAUCCCAGGAAGAACUGGUAAUAUAAACCAAACAAUACCACAGUCAUCGUCUUCUAUGACCUGUAAAGUGAAUUCUGAACACCCUGUGAUGGUAUCGUCCGAACUUCCCGCCCGCACACAUUCAAAUACAAGCAUAGCUCACAAUAAUUUUGAACCUUCUUCGUCUGCAGCUAGUUUAGGAGGUCAUCCAAAUCAGCACCACCAACCAAACCUUCCACCUGCAUUAGAAGCUUGGUAUAACAAAGUGAAUAAUAAGCAGAAUUAUUCUGAGCGGUUACGUCAUUUAGCAACUCUCUCGAAAUCUCCAACGGCCGAAGAAAUAUCCCAACAAAGCGGGGUUAGAAAUCGAGAAACCAAUCCACAAUCACCAACCAUUAUGGAAAGAAGCUUUCAAAAAAAUUCAGGAAAUCAUGAGAAUUUAUCAGUGAAUAACUCAGAUGUUUUCAAGUUUUCGCGUGUGUCUCCAAAUCAAAUGCAUUCUGAAAUGACACAAAUUUCAUUUGGACCUGACGGAUACAGAAGUACAAAAUCGGAUGGAGAUACAAAAAGAUCAGUAAGCUCACACACUUCUCCAGGCUAUAGCGAGGAAAGCGACUGCGUUUUUAUGCACUCGCCAACUACCAAAACAAGCGAUAAUGUAAUUGCUACUUCGUGUUCGUCAGGAGAUAGAAGUCCUGGUACAUCGAAAUCUCCUAUGUGUUAUAAUGUAGAGGAUUCAAAUGAUCGCAACUCCGAAAAUGAAACAAAUUCGCAUUCAAAACGAGAUAUUGAAACGAUAAUUCAGGAACAUAUUGAAGAAAAUCCCAAUAACUGUUCGAUUUGUGAUAAAGAUUUCAAAUUUACCAGCAAUUUAAGGGUACAUUUGUACACACAUUUUACACGUGAGGUUGGCAAGCAGACAAAAUUGAUAUGCGUCAAAGAGGAGAAAUGUGAUAAAGAAGCGAAUGAGAAUAAAGACGCAAUCAUGCAGAAUGCGGAUGAUAAAAUACGGAACGAUAUUCAACGAAGGCUUUUCGACAUGGGAAAUCAAAGUCAUUUGCCCUUUGUGAGAAAGCAUUACCAUGAUGAUAAAAGUGAAACUAGUGAGAGUCGUUUGGUAAACGAACAUAUCACGCGCGAAGACGUUAUUAUGGAAGACGAUAGCGACACGCCUCGCCUCACAUUUUCAAAUGCCAGUUCUCCAUUAGCGGGCGGAAGAGUGAGCAAUAUUUCUUCGGAUAGGUUAGAAGAUACACGAAAUGCCGAUUGUAAAACAUCUAUUCUUAAAAGGCACCAUUCCGAUGACAAUCAAAAUAAUGCAAAUAACAUGGAAGCAGACAGGAUAACACGUCUUGCAGCGAGCAGUCCGGAUGAAUCAUCGCCCUUCAAACGAAUUGCUAUGCGUAGAUCUUCUGCACCAAUACAGAAUCGACCACAGAAUGUAUACCCUGAAAGUAAAUUUUACGAAGAUAAGCAAAUUCCAUCGGAUAGACAUGCUUCUGUGCCGGUCCCUGCACUGAUUCCAGCCGGAUUAAACCGGUUAUCUAACAAUGAUGAUUUACAUAGUUUAAAUCCUUAUCAGCGUUUGACCCGUUUUAUUCAAUUAAAUUGUAGCGGGAAUGGGCCCAACAUUGAUCAUUCACAUUCAUCUAGAUGUCAGUUGUUUCCUAGGAGGGAUGAAGCGGUCAACCAGCCAUCUCAACCUCUCUACGCAGAUUUGCUGCGAAAAUACAGCAUUAAUGAGCAAAUGGCAAAGCAAGACGGCCGUUUGCAGCAACAAUUUGCAGACAGGGCGCCAUCCGUUACGGGCCGAAUGGAGUUCCUGCGUGUCAGGCAACGCGAUACUCUUCCUUUGCCGGAAAUGUCAACUGAAAUGGCGGAUAAAACACCAUUAACAGUUAUUCAGACUAAUGGGACGCGAAUUGAAAACGGAGAAAGUGUUCGAAAAACUCCACCGCCUCUGCAAAGUCCUUACUUGAACACCUACUCUAAAGCAUCGGAUCCGAUCGUGGAUAAAGGGAAUAACUCAGAUGUUCGACUUGCUCCCUUGUCACCUACUUUCUUUGAACGAGGGUCGAAGCAUGCGCAAGAAAAAGUUAUCAACACCACGAAAAGUAUACAGUCGCCACCUAAUGGUCUUGACCCUUUGACCUUGAGGAGUCAACAACAUCAACAACUGCAUAAUAUGAUUCUUUUCGGUAACAUGCAACAAGCUUUGCUUUCCUCGAAAGCCCCUCAAAGGCUGGUUAAUACACCACCAGGUGGGGAUAGUGGUGUUCCCGCCAACAUGCGCGCUAGCAGUCUCGCUGCGCCUCUGCCAACGUCACUGUACAGUAGAAAUCGAUGGAUGCAACCAGCGACAAGGAGAACGUCAACUGGAAAUAUGUAUCACCGACCCGGGGGCUUAGGAAUUCAGCCGCACAGACCAAGGGGAAGCGGACGAAAUGAUACCUGUCAGUACUGUGGGAAGGUAUUUAAGAACACGUCUAACUUAACAGUACACCGACGUAUGCACACUGGUGAACGGCCAUACAAAUGCAGGCUUUGUGAUUAUGCUUGCGCGCAGUCAAGUAAGUUAACUCGCCAUAUGCGCACUCAUGGAAUCAACGGUCGAGAGGUGUAUCGCUGCGAAAUUUGUGAAAUGCCUUUUUCGGUGUUUAGCACGCUGGAAAAACACGUCAAGAAACACCACGGCGAAACAAUGCGAGGUAAAAAGCCGGACGACUUCUCUCCGCACGAACAACCUGCAUUAAUAUCUCUCCCGUCUCCUAAAGAAAUGGAAGCAGCUAGUCUCAAGAUCGCGACUCUAAUCGAUCUACAACAAACCCAACGGUACCAUAACAACGUUACAAAUGCCACUUCUAGAGCACCAGUUCUCCCACCAAGCAACAGCUCUUUACCGCCUCCAACGAGAGAAAGGGGCGAUUCCAACGAAACCCAGUUUUCGUCAGAGAAUUCAGAUUCUACCAAUCCAGGGAUAGAUUUGAAACAAAAUUAUCCCGUGGCCGUGAAAAUUGAAUGAAUAACUGUGCAAUUACAGACGCAGGUCUCUAAUUGACUAACGUGGUUUAUAUACGAUGAAAGGUGCCGCAUUUUUCUGUUUAUUAUGGCCAAAGGUGCCCAGAAUGCCUUUUUAUUCUUUUUGCUUUUUGUUUUUCAUUUAGUGUGCUAUUAUUGCUAGUUCGUUUAUAUGCAACAUUUUCGAUUUGGUGCCACACGAAAUUUUAACUGUAGCUCUGACCCAAGCUGGCAAGACAAAACAUACAAAACUCCAAGUCUCGCUUUGUACUUCAUGCCAUACAACUAAAGAUAAUAUAUUAUCUUUGAUUCAUAGCUAUGGUACAACUUUUUAUUAUAAGUGAAACUUGAGGUUUUCUUUCCAAUUUAAAUUACUUAAAUUGUCUAUUUAAAAGAGGCCGAAGGAACGUCUUUUCCGUUACAAAUUCUCUAUUUUGUCAAAUUUUGAAAAAAAGAGAUUUUUGUUAUAAUGUUGACUACUUUUGAAAUCUUCCGAAAUUGAUUGAUUUCGGCUGAAAAGAGGGAUCUUAUUAUAUUCUUUUAUGCGCUUACGUUUCCAUCCGAACAGUACUCAUUACUGAGUAUGGACUACUAGUAGUUAAUAUUUCUGACUGAUCCUUACAUAGUCAAUGCGUUGAAAACAGAUACUAGGAAAGCUGACCUAAUCUUUUUGAAAACUUUUGUCUUUUUGGGCAAUUGGCAUUAACAGUUUUACAUCUGUGAAGUGCGAUUCUGACUUUAUAUAAGAUUACAGUCAAGAUGUUUUGAUUAUUUUGCUUGCUAUGCUAUAAAAUUGCUUUCAAAUUACCCCGUUGUUUAUAAAAGUAUGAACAUUGAAUGAAAACUCAAGGUGCUCUGCUGAUAUAAAAAUUGUCGAAAGUAUCAUUUUUUUCUGGUAAUUAUAUAACUAAAAAACAAGUUGUUAUUUUUGUUUGCCAAACUCCUAAAAAGUUCCAAGAGACAUGAUGAAAGCAGAUUAUCUUUUAUAAUUACUCGCGCGGGUGUGCAUAGUUGUUUAGAAUCUCGUACGGUACGAAUAUGAUUACUAAUUUAUCAUGUUAUAUCUGAUGGGUUACGAGUAGUUUUGUUUCUGGUGAACUAUACGAGAACUAUUGUGACAUAUUUAAUUAUGAAUUGUUCCUUUAAAUUAUAUUACACUCAGUUCCAGCUAGUUAAAAGUUUCCUAAUUUGAAAAUUUUCACUUUAUCGUUCUUCCUUAAAAUUACUGUUGAAAUUUUGUUAUUUUACUUGUUUUUGAUAGCUUGUCUAACAAGUUGAUUGCUUGUGAUAUUAUUGUUUAUUUUAUUCGUUCAAUAAUGUGUACCAAUUCAGCUGUUUAACAGCUUUGGCAAUCAUUGGUGCUUACGCCUUUUCCACCAACUUACUAAUUUCGCAUGUAUUUGAAUUAUGAUGUCAUAAGUAAAAGUUAUAUUAAUUUGCGCUUUAUAUGUCGCGUUGAAGAUAGCAUAGUGCUAAGCACCUCUUAAAAAUGUGAACUUCUUGCAGUAGAUAUAUAAAAAUUAACCAGCAUUUGUCAUGGGUGACUUAAUUUAAUAAUACAUCCGAGUUCAAGGUUUAUCACGUAAUUGUUUUUUUGCCUGAUCUUGUUUACCAAUUUCUUUCUUCUGAUUAGUUCCCAACUAUUAUGGUGUUCCUAAAGUUCAUAAAAUGACUUUUAUAUCUUUUUAGAUGUUGAAUAAUGUUAUGCUGUUCAUGCAUAUUUCCCUAGGAGAACAUGAAGUGUAUGGUAUCCAUAUAGAUGACAAAUAGUCUAGGAGAAAAAUCCAUCCCUGUGGCACUCUUUUAAGAUAUGUACUAAAUUGUCUUGUUGAUGGAAACCUCUGCUCUUACAAUUAAAUUAAUCUAUGAACUAGUUUGUUGUUCAAUUAUUUUUGCUGGUUUCAUUUCUCUGAUUUCAAAAGUUUAAAUAUGCUAAAAAAAAUAGGAAAUGAAUUUAGCAAGUUUGUGUCGGCGCAAUGAGUAUAUUGUCUUCAAGAAUUUAAUAUAUGUCUGUCUGUUUGUCUUCUUGAUUCUAUUUGUGUGGUGUCGUUAAAGAUGUGUGUAUAGUAUUUUCCUAAUUACUCUCCACGGUAGUGCCAUAAUUCAGCAUUUUUGGAAUAGAAAACGAAUUUAUAAGUUUUUUAUUAAUUGAUAAUGAUAAACAAUUUAAAAUGACAAAAUUGGCAGUUUAACUGUCGCAGUAAUUCACCUAAUUUUAGCUUAUUAAGAGCAUUUUAUUUUCAAUAUUCUGUCUUUAAGACAAAGGUAAAAAUAUUUUAGACAUAUCGGUAUUCAAUAGAAAAAUUGUGAAACUUUCCAAUUUAGUUUUGCCAUUUAGAAAAUGAUUUCAAAAAUUUCAAAUUUUUUGUAAAUCUAAAUAAAUAAAGCUCGUGAUCGAUUUCUCUAGCGUGGCGACGAAAAUGCUUUUUUGAGAUUUAUUUUGUUUGUUUGAAAAUUGUUGUAUAAUAAGUAUAUUUGUUAUAAUAAAUAUACUGGUGAGGCCAAGA